AUGGCGCUGGUUCCCCCAGCGAUGGAGGCCGCCGAGGCGCUGGCGGCUACCGCCCACGCGACUGGCGGAGGAAGCGAGGGAACACUUGGUGUCCUGGGGAACGGUGGCCCCGGGGGAAGCGCGGCAGGGAUCCUCUUGUCGGCCCCUGGGGGAUCCUCAUCACCCCUGGCUCCGAGCCUCGACAUCGCCACCGCCGUUAGGAGCCUCGGCAUGGACGAGUCGAUGUUCAGAGGCUUCGUCCAAGAGAUCGGGGGCGUCUGGGAGGAGGUUACGUUGGGGGAGAUCUUCGAUAUGUUUGACGAGGACCUCGUUGCAGCGAUGCGCACCUGCAACGCUGUCACCGACGAGGGCGAGGUCCGGCCACUUUCCUCCUUGCAGCGCGGCCAUGUGCGCAGGGGCUUGCAACGCCUGGCGGAGCUCGCGGGGCAGACCCCGAAGGCUUGGGGAGGUUCUGCCCAAGCCGUGAAGGCACCGCCGGCGGCGGCGCCUGCCCAGCAACAGGCGCCGCAGCAAGUGGUGGUCACGCCCACUAUGCACGAGUUCUCCACCGUCAUCGAGCAAGGCCGUCGGACCACGUUCCAGGAGCUCUCAUCCGAGAAGGUCCGGACGUUGUGCGAGGCCUACGACGACAAGUGGGGAACACCCAGAGACUACGAGGAUUGUAGUGCCCUCCAGCUGUCCGCCUUGGCGGCGAAGCUUGGCUUGGACGAGUCCCCUUGGGUGGACUUCGCCCGCAUCCAAAAGCUCCUCUACUUCAACUCCGACGUCUUCGUCAACGGGGAGUACAUCAAGCGGAAGAUCCUCGGCCCCUCCAACUUCGAGGGCUUCCGCAAGUCGUGGCAGGUGUUCCGGACCGCCGCCUUGAAACUCGACUUCACGAAGGCGGGCCCGGUGGACAGCUACCUGGAAGGGGUCCGACAGCUUGCUACGCUGUUCCCGAGGGAUUGGGGAACCAUCUACACUGUGGUGUCCCACAACAUGGAGGAGCGGUGGGACCAGCUACGGGCGAAGAUGGAACGAGCAGUCCAGAACGGCAAGCCUCCGGAUGCUUGGGACCCCAAGCGACCUUGGCAGGCCAUCGCUAGUCAUGCUAAAUCUUACUCUGUCGAAUUCAGUACGGAGGAGAACGCCGACGCCUUCGCCGACCUAUGCAGCGGGCUUGACAGCUCGUGGGCCGACCCGCGGAACCAGAGGCCCAGCAUCAUCCGUGUCAGAGGCGACCUCCCCGUCGACGUUCGUGAACGUCAACGCGCUGCCAGCAUGAUAUGGCAGCAGACAUUGGAUCUCAUCAAAGCAGGAGGGAGAUCCACGCACACCUACAAGCUUGGGGUCAACGGCUACCAGGGCCUCAUCCACCUUUCGUCACCCGACGACGUAUACGAGCUCUUCUGGAUCAAGGGCUCCGCCGAGACUGGCUACCAGUGCGACCCCGUCCUAGAGAGCUUCCGCGAAUGGAACGUGAACGACCAGGCCGUGCUCGACAUGUUGCCGAGGGUGUCCCACAGCACGCGGCCCCGCUAG